AUGUCAGAAACCCCUUCUUCGGUCACCUCCGAGCAAGUCGACCAAGCAGCCGACCACACUCAGUACCGUUUACGUGUUACGGCUGGACCAGAGCAUGAUCCUUCUACCCACAAGCUCGUCCCUGUGAAUGCCUCGGAGACUCUCACAUUCGAGAACGAUCAUCUUAUUAUCUCCCUUGCCGUACGCAUACGACAUUUCACCGGCUACCCGAAUGACUCCCCGGAAUCAUCCCCCUAUUUCGAUCAUGAGCUUCACCAGUCUGAUCAAUAUUCCAUAGCGUUCUCCUUCAUACCCAAAGUCAACAUUCCAGGCGGCGAUCUAAUAUUUGGGAAUGAUUUCGAUCGUCCCAUAAGAGACAGGCUGCCCCCUGGUUUCAAUCAGGCUUUCAGAAUUGUCAAAUGGUGGGUUGAUCCUGGAUUGGAAGGAGAUGUCUACGCCGAUAAGCCGUCUCUAUUUGGCCCAGCUUUGAGCAGUUGGAAUAUCCUCAGGAUUGGAGAAAAAGUUGUCGAAGAGGAUCAACUACAAGACAAGAAUGCUUGGAAGAUUCCGAAUGCAACAUCCUUUCAUGAAGUCGUGGUCGAAGAGGGAGCUGACGGCAGUGGAGAAGAGAUCAGGGAAGAGUCAAGAAUACCAGCUGAUUCAGCCGGGAGGAAGAAACAUUUCUUGACGCCCGCGAAUCGCGACGGGUUCACGUUCGAAGCUGGGAGGCUGUACCAGUCUGAUUUCGGAAACCCCUACCUUGACUUCAACGACUUCUCCCUCAAGCUUCCAGGUUUCAGCCUGAACGUGAUCAAAUAUGUUGAUUCAAAGACCCAUGAGCUGCGCUAUACGUUGAAAAACAAGUCAACGGAGGAAAUCUAUGCCGUCGUCUUGUUUACGCUUCUCUUUGGCGAUGAGUUGGAAGAGGUCAAGAAAGAGUUGGGCGACGGCAAUGUUCCUGCCAAAUCAGAUGAUUCUGUACCGGAUUCACCUCCGGAUGACGACGACCUGGACUGA